AUGCGACGCAGACACCAGAACCCCUGUAAGCACCUGCCCGGAACCGCGCUGCUGCAACCACGCUGCUGCAACCACGCUGCUGCAACCACGCUGCUGCUGCAACCACGCUGCUGCAACCACGCUGCUGCAACCACGCUGCUGCUGCAACCACGCUGCUGCAACCGCGCUGCUGCAACCACACUGCUGCAACCACGCUGCUGCAACCACGCUGCUGCAACCACGCUGCUGCAACCACGCUGCUGCAACCACACUGCUGCAACCACGCUGCUGCAACCACGCUGCUGCAACCACGCUGCUGCAACCACGCUGCUGCAACCACGCUGCUGCAACCACACUGCUGCAACCGCGCUGCUGCAACCACACUGCUGCAACCACGCUGCUGCAACCACGCUGCUGCAACCACGCUGCUGCAACCACACUGCUGCAACCACGCUGCUGCAACCACGCUGCUGCAACCACGCUGCUGCAACCACGCUGCUGCAACCACACUGCUGCAACCACGCUGCUGCAACCACACUGCUGCAACCACGCUGCUGCAACCACACUGCUGCAACCACGCUGCUGCAACCACGCUGCUGCAACCACGCGUCAAGGGACGGGGAAGAGGAGAGCGGCUCCUGCCCCCCCCCACCCCGUCCUCAGCCUCUUCAUCCCUAG